AUGUUGCGGCCAGCGACUCCGCUCUCGAUUCUGUUCUUCAUCGCCUUUGUCCUGUUGCUGCUGAGCACACUUUCGACGCCCAUUAUUCAGGCCAUCCCUUUGGCUCAAUUCGAUGGUGUCGACUUUGGAGUCUUUGGUUAUUGCCAGAAUGGAAAAUGUAGUGGCAUGAGAGUAGGAUACGACACAGACAAACUCUUCUCAGCCGCCGACAACAAUGAGUUCUCAUUGCCCUCGAGCACGCGAGCCUCGCUUUCGUCCAUCCUCAUCGUCCACCCUGUCGCGGCCCUCUUGACGCUCAUUUGCUUCGCAUUGGCAGUCGCUGCUCACUUCCACUCGCCUGCUCACUCUCCUCGCUACCUCCUGGCUCUGCUCAUUCUGACAUUCCCCACCCUGCUGGUCGCCCUUUUGGCCUUCCUGGUCGACAUUCUUCUUUUCGUUCCACACAUGCAGUGGGGAGGAUGGAUCGUCCUAGCAGCCACCAUCCUCAUCAUCGCUUCAGGCGUUGUCACCUGCGCCAUGCGAAGAACCCUGGUGUCAAGAAAGGCACGCAAGAAGCGUAUCGCCGAGAACGCCGAGAUGAAUGGUGCCAACUAUUACAACAACCUGCAGAACGAGCGUUUGAUGGCCGACGAAUUGCCCAGAGCGGACAGCCCUCCUCCCAUGAACGGCUCUUUCGACAACUCCAAGGGUCCUCAAUUCGCUUCCUUCGAGACCAAGAGUAACGAAAGAAGAAGUGACGACCGCGCCCCACUUAAUCCCAGAGCACCAUCUCUUACUAGUAAUGGUACAGCUCCCAGCGCACGCCCUAUGGAGGAUGAGCUUCCCCCUAUGCCCGUUCAACCCUCGGACCCUUACAACAUGCAGCACACCACCAACCCUCCCAUGUUGAUGCAUCAAACUUCUAACGGUACUCUUGAAUCUCAAAACUCCAACCGCAUGGGACCUCCUCCUCCUGGCUACGGCCGUGGUAGAGGCGGCGGCUAUCCACCUCGCGGCGGCUACGGUCCCCCUCCUAGAGGCGGGUUCGCUCCCCGUGGCUCUUAUGGUCCUGGUCCCAGAGGUGGUUACGGUCCUGGCAGAGGCGGUCCUCAGGGUAUGAGAGGUCCUCCUCCUCCUGGCUGGAACGGUCCGCAAGGCAGAGGAAUGGGUCCUGGUCCCGGUCCUGGCCCAAUAGCUGGUCCGAUAAUGGGCCGUGGCCAGCGUGGUCCUCCUCCUGGUUAUAGUAACGAUCCCCUGCCUCCCCCUGGUGUUGGUCCCUUCCCUCGUAGAAAUGGCUCUCCUGAGGAUCCUGUCAAUGGUGAAAUCAUCGGUCAAGCUAUCGAGAUGGAUGAGAGAACUGGAAGCCCUGCAAUCAACUCGCCUAUUCGCUACGGUGACCACGAAAUGCCUGGAAUGGUUGGUGUAGCCCAACCGCUGCCCCGCCCGCGCCGAGACAUCACUCCCGUCAACCAAAGACAGCCAAGUGGAGGUGAACCCGUCACUCCUUCAAGCAUCUACUCUGAAUCUACAUAUGUUCAACCAAGAGUAGGCUGGGACGCACCUCCUCUUCCGAGGCACGUCCCUGCACCAAUGAACAACAUGCAAUCUGCCCCUCCGCUCUCGCCUGUCCAAGCAUCGCCAACAUCACGUCGCAAUCGUGCUGGCUCUGAGUCGUACUAUGAAGACGUUGAUCCUCGCUUUGCUGCCGACGAACCGUCUGUGGUUGGUGUGCCAACAAGUUUGACCCCUGGACCUCCGAUCCCAACUGUGCGCCACCCUUCGCCUGAUCACCUGCGUGUUGGCCAGGAUCACGAUGGACCGUCGUUGGAGAGGGAUAGCUCGUACGAGAACAUGGCCGAGGGCGCACUUUCUCCUGCCAUGUCUGACACCAGCAACUUCACUUCGGUAAGUCAGCGUGGUGUGAACCCCAACUGGCGUCCACCUCCGGGCUACGGCCCCGGUCCUGGUCCGGUCCCUGGUCCAUCUCAACAGCGCAGGAACGAACGAAAUGAUAUGAUCCUUGGGCAAAAUCCAGACUUCAUGUUGCCUGGCAUGCGCGGUCCAUCACGGGGUGGACGCGGCAGGGGAAUGCCCCGUCCCAACAACCCGAACGGACUCACACCCCCUGGUCGUUACCCGAGCGAGAUGUAA